GCAGGGCCAGCAGUGGCGUCACUUCCGGUGUUGGGCAGUGUUAUUGUUAUGCUGUGCUGCCUGUGCGGCCUGCUUACUGAGGGGUAUUGAUAAAGUUAUGUGCAGGAAUAACGGGGAAAGCGCAGGCCCAGAGCUGUGUGUCCAGGAAUAGCGGAGAGAAUACAGACUUUACUAGUGAACAAGCAACGUUAACGCAGAGGGAAACACUGUGAAAACCAUCAUGUUUCGCUUUAUGAGAGACACCGAGCCUCAAGACCCAGCCAUGUUUAUGAUGGACCCCUUUGCUUUGCAUCGCCAGCACAUGAGACGCAUGUUUUCUGGAAAUUUUGGGAUGUCCCCAUUCCUAGGAAUUACAGAUGGGAGUGUUUCAGGCCUUCCCCGACCUGCACAUCCCCGUAGCAUACAGCCCGGUGCCGUGACGCCUUUUGGAAUGAUGGGAAUGGGAGGAGGAUUUAUGGACAUGUUCGGAAUGAUGAAUGAUCUCAUGGGUGGAAUGGGAAGAAAAGGACAUGAGCAGAUCUCUUCAGGGUCAAACUGUCAAACAUUCUCCUCAUCCACGGUUAUAUCCUAUUCCAAUAUGGGAGGGAGCACCACUCCAAAGGUGUAUCAGGAGACCUCACAGACACGCUUAGCACCGGGUGGAAUUCGUGAGACGCGACGCACGGUAAGAGACUCGGACAGUGGUGUGGAGCAGAUGAGCAUCGGGCACCAUAUACGUGAGAGAGCUCACAUUAUGCAACGCUCCCACAACCGCCGCACAGGCGACAGAGAAGAAAUGCAGGAGUAUAUCAACAUGGACGAAAAUGAAGCUGCUGGGUUUGAUGAAGAGUGGCAAAGAGAGACCUCCCGCUACAGAGGUCAAAGGGGAGUCACAUACAGGAGACGAGGGGCACAAGAAGAGCGCCUUGCCAUUCAAGCACCGGAAGACAGCACAGGCAGGCCAUCUCGCCGCUACGACUGGUGAAUGGCUUCUCAUCAUUUGGAUCCAGGAAAUGGAACAAGAAAACUCUGAACAUUCUGAAUAUUCCCAGUGGGACCACGCCAUCAUCUCCCUGACCACCCUUAUAAUGUCCUGUCAUUUCCCUGAAACCCUCCUCUACGUCACCUCCUCUGUCAUCCCACCAGCCCCCUAAAUUUCUCUCAUGUUGAAAUUUUUCCCUAUUAGUAUUAUUAUUAUUGUUAUUGUUAUUAUUAUUAUUAUUAUUAUUAUUAUGCCAACCAUGAACUCAAGAAUGAGUUUCUGCCGAUAUGUGGGGUGGAAUGGAAAUUAGUUGGGAGGGGGGCAGGGUUAGUUAAGGUUAGGUUGGGGUUAUGCAAUGCUCUUCCCACAAGGUGGACAUAGUUUGAAAAUUCUAGUAUGAUGUGUGGGGGAGCUGUUGAUGGGAGAUGUUCUGUACAGAGGAAUUGUGAUAGAAGCUCUUCGGAAAUUUCUUACUGGACAGAUAUUUAUUAGGAAGGGACCAGUGCUGUUGCUCUCUCCAGACUGGCGAGUGCUCUGAAUUUGGGAUAAAUAUCUUGUUAUUUAGGUGGGCAUUGGGAUUAGACACUGCAGGUGGUAGAGAUAUGGAUGAAGCUAUGCUCUAUCUUGUAGGGAUUUGUAGUAUAACAGGUUUUUGUUUCACAAGGUUUAAUAAUUGUAAAAUUAAAUUAAUAAAAGGAGAAGGUGCUCAU